AUGUUAGCUCGAUAUGUAAAAGAAAAUCUUAGACGCAGAGAGAUCUUAGACUUCGUGUGUAGGGAUUUUGAUCAAUAUGUGUGGAGUCUUCGGUCUCUAGACAGACGACUUGAGUAUUUUAACAUCCGGUACACUGACCGUAACGUUGAGCUUGGCGAGAUCAAAACUGCCGUGAGACAAGAAAUGGAUGGCCCAGGUAAACUUCUUGGAUAUAGAGCUUUGCACAAAAAACUAAGGCAGGUUCACGAGCUAAAUGUUCCACGAGACAUUGUGUAUGCAGUGAUGUACAAUGUGGACCCAGUUGCUCUCGAGGAAAGAGCUCCUCAAUUCAAGAAGAAGAAGCCUAAAAGCAACUUCACAUCACGUGGCUCAAACUGGGUGCACUCCCUCGAUGGUCACGAUAAACUGAUGGGAUACCAGAACAGUACUUUUCCAAUUGCAGUAGAUGGUUGUAUGGAUACGUGCAGCAGGAAAAUAUUGUGGAUAAGAGUUUGGAUAAGCAACAGCGACCCCAAUAUCAUCGGCAGAUUUUAUCUUGAACAUUUACUCAAAUCAUGGAAAAUUGCAGCCAAACUGAGACUGGAUAGAGGGUCAUGCUUUUCUUCGACAACACCAUGGUGACAUGGACCCCUUAGAAACAGUUAUCUAUGGGCCAUCAACUUCAAAUCAGGUGAGGUUUGCAGACUUUUUUUUACUUUUUCUGUUUUUAUUUUAAUUUUUCUAAAAAUGAGAAAUAAGUCCCAAAUAUGAACUUAAUACCCAGACCCACGGCUGGCAUCAAGUUUUGAGUCAACUGUAUACCUUUUACAUGAAUUGUAACAACUAUAGUCCAGUUGACCCAUAACAUCAUUGGCCAUGAAACAUACUCAGUUGUAGCAGGUGCUGCAGCCUGCAAUGACAGCUCUACCAGCUCUACCUCCAUGGAAUGUUCAAGGCUAAAUUGAUCAAUUAUUUCAUUUAUAAUAGGAACAUGUAUACUUUGAUCACAGGAAAUCUGAGAAUGCCUUAACCCCAGACUUGAUUUCGAGCCACUAUGGGAGUGUGAUUGUUGAUCAUUUUCCCAGGAAUCAUGUGGGCCAAGCAAUGAAUGCGGACUCUCAAAAUGGCAGGAAAUGAAGCCUACCUUAACCCUUCAUACAAAAAACGAUUCUAGUUUGCUGCUUAUGCUAAUUAGACAUGAUGUAAACCGUAAAACGUACCAGUAUAUUGUGUGAUCAUAAUAAUUAUCAUUACAUGGACAGAUCGAAAGGUUUUGGAGAGAACUGCAUGAAAGGUUGGAAAGGUUUUUCAAGUUGCCCCUGAACCAACUAAAAGAACAAGGUCAAUAUGAUCCCCAUGAUGAAAACCACAGGUACUGAGCUAGACAUAUAGACAUUACUUUCAUUAGACAUUACUUUCUUUGUAAGGUGCAUUUCAUCAUAUUCAUAUGUUAAUUUGCACCUAAGAAAUAUUAAAUAUCAUUAUUAUGUCAUAAUUUAGUUUAUUUGAGCAAUUUUAAAGUUGCGCCCCUAUAUUAAUGAGAAAAGCUGAAUGGUGAAUUUAGUUUUCCUGCAACCCAGUAUAAUAAGAGAGGACCACUCUUAUCCCUUUUGUUUCAAACACCAGCAUUAACUGAACCACAAGCCAUAUGCCAGCAAAUUAAUUGUAACAAGGAAAUAUAUGCUUGCUAUGGACAGGAGAGUCACGACCAAAGGAAAAAUCCAAUUUUCUAUUUAAGUGCCCGUGUAUGGCCACACAGAAAUGCAGAUUAAGAGCAGGAGUUUAAACACUCAUCAAUCUGCGUAUAUAGCACUGUGUAAGUAUUAAACUGUCCAAUUAAGAGAAUUUUGCAAACAGAGCCUGACAGUACACAUUACUUUUUCGCAGGCUUCUCUUGGCAUAUGUGAUGAUACCAAUAGUUCAAACGGAAGUCAACACCUUUGUAGAUGUGGUAUGGAACAGUCAUAGGAUCCGUGAGCAAAAAAACACUUUCCUUCCUGAUGGAGUGCCAAACCACAUUUACAGUUUUCCAGAGAAAUAUGGACUGGAGGAAUGUGGUAGGUAUCAAUGACUUUGUUCCCCGAGUUUCUCUUUUUAAUUGGUAGUCCUGCUUGAGCACUACACAACUUGUAAGAUGAAAUAAAAAGAGCAAGAGUUGUACCCUUUAAUUGAAACCCUGUUAGUGUGUAUGCGAGAAAUCAGAUAGUGGACCUUGCAAAAUAGAUGUUGUUUUUAGGCUUUUCGACUCCCACAAAAUAUGGAAAUUCAAAUCCCGCUUUAAACACAAAUUACCCGAAUUCUGGUGAUCAUAACAAAGAAAUCAUAAAGUCAUAGAAUGAGAGAGCGUGAUUUUCAUUCAAAUACUUUCUUCUUUUCCCCUGUUUGAGACAUAUUUCCUAAAUAAGAUGAAUUUACUGCUUUUACGGAAAAGUUCUCACCUUCAUUAAAAAUGGAGUUAUGUGUGCCUAUUUUGAAGGCUGGGAAGUCACAGAGGAACAGCUAGCAGAAGUUGCAGAACUUUCAGAUGUGCUUGCUGACAAUGAUGACUAUUUGAGUGCUGAGUUCAGGAAUAAAUGUGAACAAGUAAUUGCUGAUCCAUUUGGAGAUUGA